AUGGAGAAGGAGUAUAAAUGCACAGCCAAAGGGCCAGGGACUGCGGAUUUGGUGGUGGUGGUUUUGUAUUUCAGAGGCAGAAGGCCAGGCUUGUCCAGUUGGUAUCUCGAACUGGCACAGACAUGCCUUGAGUUGGAACGCUAUCUUCAGACAGAGCCCAGGAAGAUCUCAGAGAGUUUUGGAGACGACUUGGAGUGCUUUCUUCAUACCACCUCCGCUCAAGGCACAGAAGACAAUAUCCAACGGCUGGAUCCCCUCUUGUUACCCAUAGAUAUGAGUACGUGUGACAAAAAUGGCAACCUGGACGUUAUUCUCUCCCGGGACAAGCUGCUCUCUGAGACUUGUCUCAGUUUACAGCCUACCAGCUCCUCCACAGAGGGCUAUACUGCCGUUAAUCAGGCCCAACUCAACGCAGUGACCUCACUAACACCGCCAUCCUCACCUGAGCUCAGCCGCCAUCUUGUAAAGACCUCGCAGACUGGCCCUCCUGUAGAUGGAACGGUCACGCUGAAAUUAGUGGCAAAGAAAUCUGCUCUUAGCUCAGUCAAGGUUGGUGUAGUGGCACCUGCCAGCACAACAAAGUGCGCGCUGAGCGACAGUGAGCAAGGAGGACCUGGGGCUGACGCAUCCCCCGAAAACAAGAAGAGGGUUCAUCGCUGUCAAUUUAAUGGGUGCCGGAAGGUUUAUACAAAGAGCUCACACUUAAAAGCCCACCAAAGGACACACACAGGUGAGAAGCCUUACAAGUGUUCGUGGGAAGGGUGUGAGUGGCGUUUUGCACGGAGUGACGAACUCACGCGGCACUACAGGAAACACACGGGGGCCAAACCCUUCAAAUGCAACCACUGCGACAGGUGUUUUUCGAGAUCUGAUCACCUGGCCCUCCAUAUGAAGAGACACAUCUAGAUGGCUCAAGGGGGCCCAGAUGCAGUCAAGGCCGAAACAUCGUGUGGGGAAGGGGUAGAAUGGAGUUCUGCCUUUCAGGAAAAAAAGGACUUGAUCACAUGUAAACCUCUGUACGCAGACUGUGCACUAAAUGCCGUCAACCAUACUCAACGAUGAACAUCCAUUCCUUGCGCCUUGCUUCUCUGGAAGGCAGAAGACAUGUGCGAGAAAAUGGGCUGCAGGAGUAGUCAGUAAGACGACAGUGGCUUACGACAUUUCAGCAGCCGGGAAUUUGUAAUUCCUUGUUUAUUGCCAAUGGAAAUAAAAGGAUACGGAAGCCGAUUUCCUGCAGAGGGACGGGAGCAGGAUGAGCUUUUGUCACUUGCUUCUCGGUGAAGUUUGAUCGAAGCGAAAGCUGACUUUGGAGUUGCGUAUUUGUAGCACUAACUUUUCUUUUGAAACGGAUUUUGGAGGGGAAACGAAGGACCUAGAAAAACCAAAUCCGCGUUUGGUAGCCAAAAUCUUAACUCCUUGAUUCGUUUCCGGCUCUUUUUUUGUUUUGAGAUCCCCUUACAGACGACGACGCAUCGAGACUCUUCGCUAACACUUUGAUCUGCUCCCGUUUGGGUUCUUCUUCGUAGAGCUGAGCUGUCCAGAUACUUUUUGUCAAUACCCGAUGGCCUUAAUUGGCAAGUAAACUACGGAGUGACACUUAAGGGUGCGCCAACCACCUUUAUUUCUUGAACCUGGGUAGACUUGGUCAACAGUUGGUUUUCUUUUCUUUGUUUCCUUCCAUUUUGAUACUUCGAUUAGAAAGCGGUCGUGCGCAAGAGGGGGCUCAGAAACUGCUGGUGUGGUUUCACAGUGGCUAGCCACAGCAAGCGUCUCCUGAGCGACGCCACAGUGUAUCUUUAGAGGCACCACCAGAUUUGCCAUAGUUCAGACUUCCUCUUUAAUUGCCUAUUGAAAACUUGAUUGGGGGUGUUGGGGGCAGCUUGUUUGCAAGCUCGAACCUUCUUUCUCCAUGUUCCGCAGAACUCAUUUCCUCACCCGGAUACCUGUCUUGGAUUUUAUCACUCAGGCGCGACAUCAGGUUUUCCUUCUGCACCACAUUGGGGGCGGGGGGGCGGGGGGAAAGCAUGUUUGUUGCAACCGGUAACGAUUGGUUGGCAACUCUGGUUGCUUGUUCUCGCUAGCCCUUUUUUGCCCCAGUCAAAUAUCUGGUCACUGAUUUGUGUGUGUGGCACCGACAAAAGAUAGAUUUUUGGGUCGAGAAGAUCAGUAGAAAUACAUAAUCAUCUUGAGUGGGAAAAACGAGAAUCGCUUUUGAUUACAGUGACAGGACCUACCUAGGUUCUCCUUUCCCAUUGGUCAAGAUGAUGACAACUUUCCCAUUCUCCUAACAUUGUACAGUAGACUGAAAGGGAUUGGCUUUUUUUUUUUUUUUUUUUGGUGAGUACCGACUUCUUUCAAAAUGACGAGUGAAAGUGAACAUUAUCGACCGAUAAUGUCUGGGUCCCCGUUUGACCAGCGGUCAUGCUAUCGUCGGGGUUGAUGGAAGCCUCGAGCUCACUUUUUGAAUCUUGUAGAUAAUUUGAUGGUUGUGUCUCCGGGUGGGUUAAUUUCCCUAUACUUUAUUCACACGCACACACAGAGAAAUGUUAUAUACGUACAUGAUGUCUCUUUCUAUCUAGUUGGAGCUGGCACGAAAUCCAAAGACUCCCUUUUCAAACUGUUUCUCACGCAGGUGGAGAGCUAGUCAUUGGGGAUGACCGUGUACAGUGAAUAACGGGGACCAUCGAUCUGAGAUGCACUGAUUGAAUCAAAAUGCGACUCUUCCUGGGCUGCUGCUGCUGUUCUGUCCCCUCAACUAGCUCACUGCCCUUCUUUUGACUGUUUUUUGACUCGCCGACUGUUCAGUAAUUUCCUAAUUUCUGUUUAGGAUGCAAAAACUUUACACAAACUCUUUUUUUAUACCGAAUAUCUGAAGCUGUAUAAUGUAAGUGCAGACACAGGGAUUCUUAGCACUUGGGCCUGUUUUUGGCUCCUGCGCCCUCCCCCCCCUCCCCUCCACCACCCUCAAGCUUUGUGUUCACCAAAAUACUGAGUUUUCAAAAUAAGGCUCUUUUUGGAUCACAGUUCCUGCACACGCUGUGACUGUCAGUGGAUGUUUGGCCUUUACACUAGCAAAGGUCUGGCCCUUAACAGCGAGAUGAGAAACGGACCAAUAUCUAACCAUCUCUUACGUGAGGGUGAUUUAUCAUUAACUUUGAAAGACGAAGGAGAGAUCUAAGUUUUUAUUCCAAAGAUUUAUGGUUAACCGUGAUUUUUUUUAAAAAAAAAGAUACUGGAGCUGCGCUUGCUGACAAUCUUAUAGUUCUUAAUAUCUGUGUUUGCAUAUUUUCUGUUCCACCCAGGGGUUCAAUGGGACUUUUGACAGCUCUGUAGUUUGGCAUUUAAAUAUAAUACAGGAAUUUCAGGAUAUCAACAGUCCCAUCCUAAGCAGAGUUAUACCCUUAAAGUCCACGGAAGUCAAUGGGCUUAAAAGUGGGUAAGGUUGCCAGCCAGUGACUGGCACCUGGCAGGACCUGGUGGGCAGCGACAUGGAGGGCACUGUCAUAGAGUUUCCAGCAAUUCCUAGUGUUGUGACAUCACUUCCUGUUUUCCCAGGAAGUGAUGUAACACCAUGUCACCCAUGUUGAUUUUUUUCCCCUCCAUUGUUCCCUAAUGGCCUACUGAGUGGUGGGAGCGGUCAGGGCUAAAACCACGAAUUUGGCCACUGGAAAUUAGCCCAAGGAGGGGGUUCACUCUGCUUAGGAUUCCAUGGCAGCUGCGGGAGAUCACAGAACAUCCAGGCAGGACAUUAGCUGAGAAAAAUCUGCUCUUGUUGAGGAGAUUCUUUUUGUAAUAUCUUACAUUGUGUGAACAUAUCUGUCAUGACAAUAGUUACUUGGGUAUCAGUAUCCACGGGGUGUCAUCACCUGAACUGUUGUUAAAUGUGUGUGCCUCGAGAAUUCGUAGUGAAUCACGUGCAAGAAUCAGCGGCAAUUUAAUGUAAGCCUGUAUUUUAAAUAAUCGAAAGUGGCAGGAAAGACAAGGGAGCAAGUAAAACGAACGGAACGAUAUUGACUUACCUCCCGUUGACAUUUGUGGUCUUGCUAACAUCUCUCUUAAAUGCAGCCAAAUGUGAAGUCUUUAGCGCUCUUCCAAUUACUGGCUCAUCUUAGCCUAUUUAUAGCGAAAAUGUUCAUGUCGCUUUCUCCCUUGUGGUUCCUAGUAGGCCUGAACCAAAAGAUCCAUCUCCAUAGCCCCACAAUGGCAGGUUGGAUUCUGGAUCAUCACUUUAGCCUCUA